CCGCGCCGGCACCAUGCGCUGUUCCGCCGCCGCCCUCUGCCGCCUGCUGCUGCCGCUGCUGCUGCCGCCGCUGCCGCCGCCCGCCGCCGCCUACUUCGGCUUGACUGGGAAAGAAGCUCUGACCCACUUCCCAUCCCUGGGGUCCUCGACAAACUCUGCCCAAGGGAAGGUUCAUGUGAAACAGUGUGAUCUGCUGAAGCUGUCCCGCAAACAGAAGAGGCUUUGCCGGAGAGAGCCCGGCUUGGCAGAGACGUUGCGGGAUGCCAUCCGACUUGGGAUCAUGGAGUGCCAGUAUCAGUUUCGCAGCGAGCGCUGGAACUGCAGCCUGGAAGGACGGACUAGUCUGCUGAAGCGAGGUUUUAAGGAAACUGCUUUCCUCUAUGCAGUGUCCUCUGCAGCUCUCACCCACUCCUUAGCCAGAGCAUGUAGUGCUGGGCGCAUGGAGCGCUGCACCUGUGAUGACUCCCCAGACCUGGAGAACCGCAAGGCUUGGCAGUGGGGUGUUUGUGGAGACAACCUCAAAUACAGCACCAAGUUCCUGAAAAAAUUCUUGGGUCAAAAGAGGAUUGGAAAAGACCUGCGGGCCAAGGUGGACAUCCACAACACCAAUGUUGGCAUCAAGGCUGUGAAGAAUGGUCUCAAAACUACGUGCAAGUGCCAUGGUGUCUCCGGCUCAUGUGCUGUCAGGACGUGUUGGAAGCAGCUUUCACCAUUUCAUGAGGUUGGCCGACUGCUGAAGCUGCGCUACGAUGAUGCUGUCAAGGUCUUCAGCACCAGCAAUGAUGCAGUGGGACACUCAGAGCUGGCUGGCCCCCACAGACACAGCCAUUCCCCCAAGCAUCCUGCUUCACCCCGUUCCACUGACCUGGUGUAUGUGGAAGACUCCCCCAGUUUCUGCCGGCCCAGCAAAUACUCCCUGGGAACUGCUGGGAGGACCUGCUCUCGGGAGGGUAACUGUGACAGCAUGUGCUGUGGACGAGGUUAUAACACCCAGAGCCGGCUAGUUACCUUUUCUUGCCACUGUCAGGUGCAGUGGUGUUGCUAUGUUGAAUGCCAACAGUGCAUGCAGGAAGAGGUGGUCUACAGCUGCAAGCAGUAGCUAGUGGGUCAGGACAAGUCUUAGAGGAAAAGAAAGCAGUAAGGAGAGAAGGACAUGAUUCUCUGCUGUGGGGUAAAGCAAAGGCAAGAACCACAGUGUCCAGCACUCCUAUUAUCUCAGUGUUGAGAUCCCCUGACCUGGCGAGAGCCCCUGUAUGAGGGAUGAAAACCAGAGGUUUUGUCAGGUAAUAGAUCAGGAAGAAGGGAGAGAGAAUGGCGGUAAUGUGGGGACAGCAGAAACACUGAAGCAGUCAAAAUGUCUCUUGAAUUAAACCUUAUACUCUCAUCUGCAGGAAUAUCCCUCUUCCCCAUUCCUCACUUGCACUUAUGUAAAUGUCUUGGGGUGGUAACACUAAACUACUGAGGGCCUGGGCCCUGGUCCUGGGGAGAAGAGGAAAAAAAAGGGACUGGAGAGACAACCAACUGGACUGGAUCCUGAUGUAUCAGGGACAGGCAUGUUCUUGCACCAAGGCAAAAUGACUCUGGCAGUAGGGCAUUUUAAGUGCUGUCCUCUGGGAGAUGAUUGAAUCCUCGCUGCUCUGAACUCAAAGAUACACUAUUGAGUAGCUUCAUUUUGAUGCAUUUGAUGCACAUUUUGCGUCUCAGAAAUAUUGCUUGAAAAACAAAUGGAGCUCUUGUCUUGUCAUCUCCCAGAUCUAAACUUUGGGCGUUAGACUCCAAGUGCAUUCUAAACGUGUUUUAACCUUGCUAUCCACAAGAAAUCUGGAAUUCUCUCAGUUACACUGGGUUGAUCACAGGUAACUCAGCUGAAGUCUGUGAAGUUACCCUUUGCAGUGUACUGCAUCGCAGGGGAGCUAUUUUAUGGUGGUGGAGCCAGGUGAUGCUAAUUAUCCACAUUUUUCCUCCCAAUCAAAAUUUUAAUUGCCUUUUCCCUUAUGUGUACUAGUCAGUGCCCUGGUACCCAAUGUGCAUCGCAUCACACUGUUCUGCCCAGUACUAAUGUUAGAAAACAUUUUUGAAAGGGAUUUAGGAACCACAGUAACUGGGCUGUCUAAAAAAAUUUGCAAGUUGUGAGUGACAAUCUUUGUGCUGGCAAGUUAGAUACAUCUAGACAAUGCAGACAUCUGUCAUGAGAGAAAGGGACCUGAGGGAAAGAGCACAGCCUGCUGCAGAAUUGUGGUCCCCUGACUUUGAGCCAUGUUUCUGUAGUUAACUAUAAGUUGAGCACAGCAGAAACAGCCUGUUCUGUUUCUUUGGCUAGGUCUUAAAGAGCAGUCUUGGGAGUGGCUGUGAGGCAGCCCCUGCUCUGGCCACCAUGUAGACACAGAGGUGUGUGACACAACCUGUCUGGGUGUUGAGAUGUAUUACACUGCUUGGCAGUGUAUUUGCCUGCUCCAGGGCACUUUCUGGUUAAUCCUGCAGCAGCAGUUAGAGGUUCCCUGUUUGUACUGUGAGUCAGCUUUGGUGAGCCCCUGAGAAAACAAAGCUGCUGUAUUUUCUCAGUCUUGGUAAUGGCUAUAAACCAGCAAGUAGAAUGCCGAUGUGUGUGGAUUGGCUAGUGCUAGAAUGGAUAUUUAAAUCCUCAACCUCAGAUCAAAAUUCAUUUGCAAUAUAAUGGAUAAAGACAUGGGUUUAGGUUCUUUGAAUGGACUGUGGCAUGACUGGAAUUAGGCAGUGUUUCAAUGUAAUUGAGUUCUCCUAACAAGCAGUGAGAUCUUGUCUAUGCGCUCCAGCUCUUCUGUGUGGAUGUCCUGAAGUGAGACAGCUACUAUGUACAUUUCCAUACGCUUUUAGCACUUACUUUGCAGUGAUGUUCUCACACUCUUGACCUUGUUGUCCAUUUGCUCUUCACAACUACUUUUGAGGUCUGCUUUGUGAAAGGGUGGCAGAGAACUGGCUCAGGGCAGAGCUAGCUAUUAACUGGCUAUUCAGAAGCCAGUAACACCUUCCCUUUGGCUAUCUACAAGUCUCUUAAUGGGCUUAGUCCUUUUUAUCCCUUGUUCUGGCUUAAGUUGACUUGAACUGAAUUAAAGUGUUUAUGACAGAUAUAUUAGUGCAAAUUGGGUUAAUUGGCCUUACUUUUUUUUACUUCCUAAAUGCUCCAGAAAUUAAUAUUGAGCAGACCAUUAUUUACAUAUUGCUUUUAAUCUUCUCAGAGCUGAAAUCUUCCCACGAGCCUCAGUGUUGAACACAAUGUUAAAGCAUCCCAAAGAAUUAAAAUUGUUAAGAACUGGCAUCAUAGGAGAAAGGACAGAGGAAGUAGCUCUGCUCUGCACUAUUGAUCCCAAGCUGCCUGCCUGACCUCCUGGGUUUUCCAACAUCUGAGAGGGUAUUUGGAGAUCCCAUGCCAUUGCAUGGGACAUUCUCAUGUCAACAGAGAAUGCGGCUUGGUGGGUGAGAGGGGAAGCACAGCUGGAUCUCAUUCUUUGGGAAGGAAGUGAGAGAGACACCUCUAUACCCUUGUCAAAACUGCACUUCUAGGUCUUCCACUGGCUGGUAAUUUCUGGGCCUGCACAGUCCUUUCUGCUUACCCAGAUCCCAUAAUUUGAGGGCAACUAGGGUUCUCCUAGCUGGGUGAAAGUGUUCUUGAUGAGCUCAUUCUUUUUUAUUCCCUCUUUGGGCUAAUUUUGAUAAAGUUAAUUAAGGGAGGCACGUUACUGCUGAUUGGGAAUCAAGCAUUUUGUAGAUCAGACAACAGGUCUUGCAUAAUGUCACUGCAGGCAAGAGCUUGGGACAGAACAUCAAUUUUCAUUUAUUUAGUAAGUUCUGUCUCCAACUUUGCCACAAACUUGUUUGGAGAAGAAAAAUCAUGGUUCUAAUCUCCUAGUAAAGUUACUUGGGUCAGCGUCAUUUGCUGACAGCUGGAUCCCAAUGAGGGGUUAUUGCCACAGGAAAUUCCACUUCAACACAAGAAAACACUUCCUUACUGUGAGGGUGGUUGAACACUGGAACAGAUUGUCCAGAGAGGUUGUGGAGUCUCCAUCCUUGGAGAUAUUCAGAACCCAACUGGACAAGGUCCUGGGCAACCUGUUCUAGCUGACCCUGCUUGAGCCGGGUGAGGUGGACCAGAUGAUCUCCAGAGGUGCCUUCCAAUCCCAGCUAAUCUGUGAGUCUGUGGUUAUGGACCUGCUAUCUCACUUCUUAAAAGAGCAGGCUGUUUAUGUCACACAGGGUGUUAGGUCUUCUCUUAAGAGCUGUGUGCUCAGUGAGACCCAGUGGAGUACCAUUGUGGUUUUCUCUGGCAUUAGGAAGUGUAAGGCUGCAAACUGCUCCUACAGUUGGGAGCAGGUCUAAGGAGUCCUGAUGCACUCCUGCCCUGCAAAGCCAGCUUGGACCUGUUGGAAAGGAUCUACAAGCCAUCCCACGCAUAACUGAACAUCUGCUUUCUCCCCUACCCAGUUACUCCAGUAACAGAGCAGAGGCUGGGGCUUGGCUGAGAUGGCUCUUGGGCUAUGAGCUAAACAGGAGCCUGGCUGGUGUUUGAGGGCUCUUGGGGUACUCUCCAGUUACCUGCAGAGUGUCCUCAUGGCCAAGUGAAGCUUUUUGUCUUGCUCAGACUCACUCUUCUGUACUCUUCUUGUAAAAAGGAGAGGGGAAAACCACACAAGAAGAGGUAGUUGGCAAAUCUUCUCCAAUGACCUUGUCCUGCUCUGCAGUGAGAGUGAAAGGAAAUACAUGCUACUAGUACCUUUCAUUUUCCUGUCAAGAACUUUUCGAAUUUGUAGACUGGUUCUCCCAUCUCAAAGGCAAAUCUGGCUUUCACACAGCUAAAAAUGUUAUUUUAGUAAGGACCUUUAUCUGGCUCCAAAUAUUGCAGUGCUUUGAGCAGGAGGUGCCAUUUCAGAGGCAUGUUAGGUGUUUUGCACAACAGACUCAAAAUCAAGACCAAAAUGAUGGUAAGAUGAUUAUUUAGGCAGAGAGGAAUAUGGUCAGACUAGUAGAACUUGCAACUUUGAUUAUUUGUAUCUUGUGAAGCCAAAACACUGACGUCAGCAAGAACUGAAGGACAGGUUUGUGGCAAGGGUAUCUCAAUGGGCACUAGACACCUGUAUUUAGCCAGCUAGCUCAAGCCUAUUCAGUGUGGAUAUUUUGGACUGAGUUGGUCCUUCAGCUACCCUUCAGGCAAAGAAGACACAUUUAAGGCAGGAUUAGAUACUGCCUUGGAGCACUUGAAACGGAACUUCGUUCUCGUGUGUAUCAUCUGGACAUUCAUGCUUUUGAGGUGGUGUCACCAAGUCCCACAUCCCUCAUGAAAACGCUGGCUCCUGUGAAAUGUGCAAGGAUUACCUCUAGCUGUGGAGGUUUUUAGCACUGAUCUAUGUUACUGUUUGAGCCGUGACCUGUUGUAACUGGCGGUGUCUAUGCAAUACCCUGUUUUUGUCCAGUCUUGCUGCCAGCGACUGUGAGCUGGAACUGCCCUUUGUCUUCAGUGUUGGGCUAGCCCGGUGCCAUGGGGAUCUCAUAAGAACAUUGUAUUACUAAAGUCAAAAAAUAAUGUACAUAAAGUAAAUUGAAAGGUAAAGUUGUGCCUGGAAGUCCUGGCACCACAGAGGAAGUGUUGAAUACAUACAGGACAAAAAGAUACUUCAUAGGAAAAUUUCUGAUAUAGCAAAAGGGACUGUUGCGUUGGCAGCUGUUUGCACUGCAUUGCUCAGCAGCUGCUUGAGGAAGGGUGAACAUGGAGAAGAUCUGUGGAGGGGAAGGUUCCUUGGGGUGAGUUUGGGCUUGGUGGAAUAUGGAGGUUUGGCAUUUUACUGGAGCAAAGUUUGGUUGUUAACUGAGCUGGUAAGCCAAGAAGUCUGGGUAAGGAAGUCUAGUCUCCUCUGGCUUUGCUCUGCAAGAUCAAAUGCAAUUUCAGCUCCUCCCUUUCACAGUUGAAGGCCAAGGCUUUCUGCUCAACCCCUGCCACCCAGAAUAGACAGCUUCUCUCAGCCUGGGAACCAAGACAGUGAAAACUGAUGGAAAAAUAAAUAAUAAAUACCUCUUGAAAAUGUUUCAUGUGAGGGUCAGGAAAAGGACUUGAGCAUGUGUUGAGUUUGAGGCAAUGUUAGUAUCACUCCUUCUGGCAUCCUUGAAUGCUAGAAGUUUUAGAAAUAGUAUUACAGAUAAAGGAGAGAUGGAGCUUGCUUGAGGUGGCAAGAUUGUUUUUGCUUGUUUCUCAUUCAGUUAGCCAAGGCUGUUUUAUUGCCCAGACAUGAAACAAACUGGGCUGACAUUUAGCAAUAUGCUUUACUUCAACUACCAGCACUGGGAACCUUUGUGUGACCAGGAAGCAAAACUUGGGUUUGGUCAGCAUUCCGUAUGCCCAGGCUUGAACUGUAUUUUUUUCAAGAAUCAAAACCAAGCAAAACCAUGUUGAGCAAAGCUCUUCUGCCACCUCCUGGAGAUCCAGGAUGUGAGGACCUGGGCCUCCAUUUGAUCUAUGUGUGAGCUUUCAAUUAUGCUGCACACCUUAUGAUCUACUACAAAUCCAGAGGAUGUGCCAUCUCUUUGGUUAUAGGUGCAAGAAGUAACUGAAGUGACUGGAACGAUGGAAAUUCAAGGGCAUUGUGCACAAGUCUUUGCAUGGAAAAUUUUUGGCAGCAAAAGUGAAAUCCUAGGUCCUGAUUAUAAAACAAUUCUUCCCCAAGUGCAAAUGCCUCAGUGUGGUAACUGACAGUAACAGUCUGAGAGGCACAUGCUUUCCUAUAUAGUCUUUUGAUUGAGGAAGAAUCCUUUUCUCUGUAUCUUAGAUCCAAGUAAACUAAGAACAGUGAUAGCUCUAAUACUUUUAGCUUAAUCCUCGCUAUACACAACGAGGGCUACUGUGCAGACAUAGGACAUGCCCUCUCUCAGUGUGCACUUCCUAUUCCAGUCUAUAGUGCCUCUCCUGUUGUGUUGGGAUGCUGGGUUUGGUGGUACUUUGUCCAACACACUUAUUGCAGGAGGGAAAUAACAUUCAGAAAGGUUUUAAUGAGGAUUACAAAGUUCUGGUGUGGAUGGACCCCACCAGCCCCAAGGGAAGAGCUGCCCUUGCUUGAGAAGAAAUCACGUAUGUGGAGAAUGCCAACAAAUGAUUAGACAGCUGUAAUUUCUUGAGGCUUAACCAGGGAUCCAUGUCUUUCUGUACUGUUGCUGUUAUAGAAGGGCGGUGCAAUGCUGGCAUCAGAAGUGCUUUACUGGAUCAACAGAAAGGGCCAUGCAAACCAGUGGACACUAACAAACAGGGUAAGGUAACAAACCCUACUCAUGCAAUGGCCAUUUGUAUGUACUCAAACAUGGGAUGUAAGACUGGAAGGCAAUUUGAAAGAGUACAAUGGGGUCACUUGAAAAAAACAAAAAAAGGCUGUGCUUUAAGGGAAAAGAAAAACAUUUGUCUACCUCAAGAUGUACAACUUUUGUUACAGGAAGUAUGGAUGUUAUUUAUAUUUCUUAUAUAUCUUCUAGAAAGAAAAUGGUGCUGUGGGUUUUAAAUUGCAUUACAGUCCUGUUUGUACCUUCUAAAUUUUAUGUAAUCUGUAACUGAUUUCCAUUUGAUUAUAACAAGCAUAUUUGUGCAGCUGGCUGUGUUGUCUGGUAUUGCACUAGUGUCUGCUCUGUUUGUGUUCUUGUCAGUCAAUAAACACCAUUUGUUUUCUAAAAAUGCA